AUGCAUUUCUCCGCCCUCGUUGCUCUGGCUGCUCUCGUAGCGAGCCCAUUCGCCCUCGCCCAGGCAUCCGACACCGUAUACGUCGUCUACGGCAACGGCCAACAGUUCGAGGACCCCACCGCAUCCGUCGACACACUCACCUGCGGAUCCGUCCUGGCAGCCGAGGGGUACGCCCAGGUCGGAGACAUUCCCGGCAACCUCGCCGGGUUUGCCAACGUCACCAACGCAGACUCGCCGCUGUGCAGCCAAUGCGUAGUGCUGGGCUGGCAGGGAAGGGACGUCACCGUGCGCAUCGUCGACACAUCCUCGGAAGGCGGAUUCGUAGUCACUGAGGGGACGUACGAGGAGCUGGUGGGCAGCGACACGGUUCUGCCGGGGAUCUACCAAGCGCGAAUUGUAGAGGGGCCGUACAGCUGCUGA